AUGGCCGCGGCGACGGAGCCCCCCCUCGCGCUCGACGCCGCGGGCGUCAAGCACGCGAUCGGCGCCGCCGCGAACGCGCCGCUGCCGGAGUACGAGGCGUUCGACGACGACUUCGACGAGACGCUCGAUCUCUUCGCCGAGGUGGCGGAAGCGUGCGAGACGAACGGACGCUCGUCAGACGCGGUGCGCGCGCGCUCGCUCGUCGUCGUCGUCGUCGUCGCCCGCGUCCUCGCGAACGCGAAGAAGCUCGUCGCGAUGCACCGCGAGCACGCGUCGCACCGCAAGGCGCUCGCCCACCUCAGAGAGAACUACGCGUGCUCGUUGGACGCGACCGACUUCGCCGCCGUCCUAGACGCGACGGCGAAAUCAUUGUUGGAAUCGGACGCGCCGUACCGGGAGAAGAUCGCGGAUCUGGAGAGGAAGAUCGCCGCCGCGAGGCGCAAGGCCAAGGCUGGGGGCGCGGCGAACAGAGACGGCGGCGACGGCAGCGACGGCAGCGACGAGGACGUGGACGUCGUCGUCACGCAAGCGGGCAGGCCGGGCGACUUCGACUGCCCGAACCUCAAGUGCCCGCUCACGCAGCUUCUCAUCAAAGACAUCGCGACGCCGGUGGUGGAUCAGAAGGGCUACGUCUACGAGAAGGACGCGGUGAUGGAUUACAUCGCGCGGUACAAGAACCCGCGGACGGGGCGCGCGGAGUGCCCGCAGGCGGGGACGAACCACGAGAUUCGGAGCGAGGAUUUGAAACCGGCGCGCGCGAUCGAGCGCGCCAGGAAACGCGCCAAGGCGCUGGCGGACGGCGGCGGGGGCGGCGGCGGGGGGGGAAGGAAGAGGGGUUCCAUGGGCGGGGGGAGGAGCGACGCGGAGGAUUUGAUAUCGCCUUGAUAUCGCGAAGAAGAGAGAACAUACGUAGAAUUUGAUUUCAUUUCAACGCGAAGGAUGCGACGU